UCUGCUAUUUUUUUUUUUGCUCUAAUGGGUUCGUCGGCGCCGGCAACCGAUUCCGACGAGCCCAUAACUCCGGCCGGCCGUCUCUUCCUGCAGCCCCAACUGAACCAAAUAAUCCACUGCGUCAUGGGCUUCAAGAACCCAAUCGACGUCGAGUCCAUCAAAUCCCAAGUCAAAUCCUCCCUCAUGCUCACCCACCCAAGAUUCUCCAGCCUCAUGGUGCGUGACUCCCACGGCCGAGAACGCUGGCACAAAACCACCCACAUCGACCUCGACCGCCACGUCAUCGUCCUCCACGACCCCGUCUCCUCCUCCGGUGACCACGAGACCGCCGUCAACGACUACCUGGCCGACCUCUCCACCGGCUCGGGGCUCCCCACGGAUAAACCCAUGUGGGAAUUUCAUCUCCUUAUUGCUCACAACGUCGGGAUUUUCCGAAUCCACCAUGCUCUGGGAGAUGGGAUUUCUCUCAUGUCUAUGUUCUUGGCGAGUUGCCGGAGAGCCGACGACAAGGGGAAGCUGCCGACCUUGGCGUCGGGGAAGAGUAAGGGAGUGAAUAAGAAUAAGAAAGGGUUGUUGGGUUUGGUGUGUGGGUUUGUGGCAAUGGUUUGGUUUAGCUUGGUGUUUGUGGUGGAGUUUGUGCUGAGGUGUUUGUGGGUUUGUGAUCGGAAAACUGAGAUCAGUGGUGGUGAUGGGGUUGAGCUCUGGCCUAGGAAACUAGCCACUGCAAAGUUUAGGAUUCAAGAUAUGAAGCAUGUGAAGAAAGCUAUUCCUAAUGCGACCAUCAAUGAUGUACUUUUUGGGGUGAUUUCAUUAGGGAUAUCAAGAUACUUGGAUCACAGAAAACCAAAUGCUUUGCCUGAGGGUGUUCAAAUUACAGGGGUAGCCAUGACUAAUCUAAGAGAGCAACCUGGAUUGCAGGAGCUGUCCGAUUUGAUGAGGAGCAAUUCAGGAUCAAGUUGGGGUAACAAGUUCGGCAUGCUUCUCCUACCUAUAUAUUAUCAUAACUCUAAGAGCAAUGCCGACCCUCUAGCCUAUCUCAAGAGAUCGAAGGUGAUGAUCGACAAGAAGAAGCAAUCUGUAGAGGGUCAUUUCUCAUACAAAAUCGGUUUGUUUGUAAUGACCUACUUGGGACCAAAGGUUGCUACUUGGCUUAAUUACCGGAUUCUCUGCAAUACUAGCUUUACUAUUUCAAAUAUACUCGGACCACAAGAAGAAAUUACAGUUGGAGGCAAUCCUAUAACUUACCUAAGAGCCAGUUCAUCAAGUUUGCCCCAUGCACUUACAAUGCACAUGGUGAGCUAUGCUGAAAGGGCAGACAUGCAAAUAUUGGUGGCCAAAGAUAUCAUCCCUGACCCCGCAUUUCUAGCCAAGUGCUUUGAAGAGGCCUUGCUUGAUAUGAAGGAAGCAGCUGCAGCCAUCACAGAAACGUAGAAGGACCACUAUACUAAAGUUUAUUGAUUUCAUUGCAAUAAGAUAAACUUACAAGGAUUUGAAUAUGAGAGGAAGAUUGGUCAUAGAUUUGAUUCACUCGUAGAAUUUGUACAAUAACAUUGAUUGUACUGGGAAGAUCAACCUUCAUGUAGGAAUGGCCAAUCCCAGAAAUGUAAAUAUGUUUGAUCUGAUCAUCGUCUGUCAGUCUUAUU